AUGGAUGAUCUUUACGACGAGUUCGGUAACUUCAUUGGAGAGGAGGCCGAGUCAGAGGAGGGCUCAGAGGUUGGCGUUGGUGCGGAUGACUAUACCUACGAUGACGAGCCAGAUGAGGCUCCUGGUGUGACAGGCCAGGAGCUCAUGGAGAUUGACGAUGGCCCAUCAAAUGCGAUUAUUCUCCACGAAGAUAAGCAGUACUAUCCAACUGCUGAACAGGUAUACGGCGCCGAUGUCGAGACCCGUGUCGAAGAAGAGGAUGCCCAGCCUCUAUCCCAACCCAUCAUCGCCCCCAUCGAGCAGAAGAAGUUCAACAUUGAGGAAGCCGACCUUCCACCCGUGUUCUUCGACCGCGAGUUCAUGACAGACUUGAUGAACUUCCCAGAACAAACGCGAAACGUAGCAUUAGCUGGACAUUUGCACCAUGGAAAGACAGCGUUCAUGGACAUGUUGGUACUCGAGACACACGACAUCACAGAUCGGCUUGAACGAAGAGUGGGCAAAAACCGGGAUGAGCAAUUGAGAUAUACGGACGUACAUAUCUUGGAGAGGGAAAGGGGGUUGUCCAUCAAGGCUGCGCCAAUGAGUUUGGUACUACCCAGUACCAAGGGCAAGUCGCACCUUGUCAACCUGAUCGAUACUCCCGGUCAUGUCAACUUUGUCGAUGAGGUGGCUGCCUCGUUCCGUUUGGUUGACGGUGUCUGUCUGGUGGUGGAUGUGGUCGAGGGAGUUCAGAUCAACACGGAGCAGAUCAUCAAGCACGCCGUUCUGGAAGACAUCCCCCUGACGCUCAUCAUCAACAAAAUGGAUCGCCUCAUCCUCGAGCUGAAGCUGCCACCCAAGGACGCAUACUUCAAGCUCAAGCACGUUGUUGAGGAGGUCAACACUAUUAUCACAAACACAUCUCCUACCAAGGCCGCUUCCAAGAGGAUAAGUCCUGAAAAGGGCAAUGUCCUAUUUGCCUGCACAGAUAUGGGUUGGUGUUUCACGUUACCGAGCUUCGCCAAGAUGUACACAGAGACCUUUGGAGAUAUCAACGUGGACGAGUUUGCGAAGCGGUUAUGGGGCGACAUCUACUACAACCCCAAGAAGCGAAACUUCUCCCGAAAACCCCUGGACGAGCGCUCAGCCCGAUCGUUCGUUCACUUCAUCCUCGAGCCCAUCUACAAACUCUUUACACACUCCAUCAGCGAUAGUCCAGAAGAACUGCGGCCAGUGUUGGCCUCGUUGGGCAUUGAGCUCAAGCCCUCACAAUACAAGGCUGACGCGAAGGUGCUUCUGAAGCUCGUAUGCGAGCAGUUCUUUGGUCCAUCAACAGGCUUUGUGGAUAUGAUCGUUAAGCACAUACCAACUCCCAUCGAGACUGCUGAACGAUUACUUGAGCGAUAUUAUACCGGCCCACUGGACUCGAAGGUCGCUGCCUCCAUGAAGGCUUGUGACCAAGACGGCCCCUUAGUUGUUCAUAUCACCAAGCUCUUCAAUACAGCGGAUGCAAAGAGCUUUCACUCGUUCGGUCGUGUACUGAGCGGCACAGUUCGACCAGGUAUGCAGGUACGCGUUCUUGGUGAAGGCUACUCCCUAGACGACGAGGAAGACAUGGCUAUGGCCAAUAUUUCAGAAGUAUUCAUCGGCGAGACAAGAUACAACAUCCCUACCGAUGGCGUGCCAGCCGGUAACCUUGUACUACUUAGCGGCGUCGACAACUCCAUUGUCAAGUCUGCUACCAUUGUCCCUCCCAAACUCGAAGAUGACGAAGAUGCCUAUAUCUUCCGGCCUAUCACACAUUUCACAGAGUCUGUCCUUAAGGUUGCCGCCGAGCCUAUCAACCCCUCCGAACUCCCCAAGAUGCUUGACGGACUAAGGAGGAUUCAAAAAUCGUACCCCCUCAUCAAGACUAAGGUCGAGGAAUCAGGGGAGCAUGUUGUCCUCGGAACUGGAGAGUUGUACAUGGAUUGUGUGCUGCAUGACCUUCGUCGUCUGUAUGCUGACAUGGACAUCAAGGUUUCUGACCCGGUUACGCGGUUUUGUGAGACUGUUGUCGAGACAUCAGCGACAAAAUGCUAUGCUAUCACCCCAAACAAAAAGAACAAGAUCACCAUGGUUGCCGAGCAGUUGGAGAGGGGGAUCUCCAGCGAUAUUGAGAGUGGUGCUGUACGCAUCCGCGAUCCCAUUCGCAAAACUGCCAAGUUCUUCGAAGAGAAGCAUGGCUGGGAUAAGCUGGCUGCUCGCAGUAUUUGGGCCUUCGGCCCUGAGGAGACAGGACCCAACAUCCUCCAGGACGAUACUCUUCCCACUGAAGUGGACAAGAAAACACUCAACGCUGUCAAAGAGUCUAUCCGACAAGGGUUCAGUUGGGCUACCCGCGAGGGGCCCCUGUGCGAAGAACCGAUACGAAACACAAAGUUCAAGGUCACAGAUGUGCUACUAGCCAACGAGGCCAUCUUCCGUGGAGGUGGCCAAAUCAUUCCCACCUCUCGACGAGCGUGUUAUUCCUCCUUCCUCAUGGCAUCGCCCCGCCUCAUGGAGCCUGUCUACUCAGUCUCUGUAACGGGCCCAGAGGACUCCUACAUGGAGGUCUACAAUGUGCUCUCGCGGCAUCGCGGACACGUUUUGUCAGAUGGUCCCGUUGCUGGUACGCCGCUGUAUCGCGUCAACGGUCUACUGCCUGUCAUUGACAGUUUCGGCUUCGAAACCGACCUGCGGAUCAAGACGCAGGGCAGUUCGAUGGUCAGUCUUGUGUUUGACAGCUGGAGCAUCGUGCCUGGUGAUCCUCUCGAUCGCGAGCAGAUCAUUCGUCCGCUCCAGCCUGCUUCUGCACAGGCAACUGCCCGCGACUUUGUUCUCAAGACACGAAGACGCAAGGGUCUAAGCGAAGACGUUAGCGUCAAGACGUUCCUUGAGCCUGAGUUCUAUCAGAGCCUGAUGGAAAGUGGGAUGCUUGGAGAGAUCUAA